CGCAAGGUCCGGGUUUUACCUCUUUGCUUUCUUUAUUCCUCCCUGCCUCCCCGUUUUCUUUCUCUGUUUAAUGCGCCCCGGCCUGCCGUAUGUGUCUAUUUAUUUAUUUAUGCAUUCUGUUUGAAACUAUUUAGCUUAUUUUUUGUUUGUUUUACAUUUUAGCCGUUCAUCAAAUGAGAAGACGUAAAAGAUGGAGCUUCAUAUUUUAGAGCACAGCUUGAAAGUGGCGAGUAUAGAAAAAGAGGGGAUCCAGAUUUGCACUCACGGAUUAAUGAAACUCGCCUUCUUGGCCUCCAAAACAAGAUGCAAGUUUUUCAGUUUGACAGAGACUCCAGAGGACUACACCAUCAUUGUGGACGAGGAAGGCUUUAAAGAGCUGCCCCAGUCGGAUCUCAUCAGCGUUGCAGAUGCCACGUGGUUGGCUCUCAACGUGGUGUCAGGCGGCGGCAACGCUUCCAGUUCGCAGCCCAUAGGAGUCACAAAAAUUGCUAAAUCCGUCAUCGCUCCGCUGGCCGACCACAACAUCUCUGUUUUCAUGCUGUCGACGUACCAGACGGACUUCAUCCUGGUUCGAGAGCGAGACCUGCCUAUGGUCAUGCACACUCUGUCUUCCGAAUUCACUUUGCUUCGAGUCGUAAACGGAGAGACGGUUGCUGCUCACGAUCUGGGAGUCACCAACGGAUUCGUAAAGCCAAAACUUGUUCCCCGUCCCAUCAUCCACCCUUUAUCCAGUCCCAGUAACAUGUUCUGUGUGACCAGUUUGGAUCCAGACACGCUGCCCUCGGUGGCCACGCUGCUCAUGGAUGUCAUGUUUUACUCUGGAGGGUCCAAAGAGCUUGGAACGUCCAGCGAGGACUCGAGCCACAUCCGCUUCUUCUCCUUCUCCCUGAUCGAGGGUUACAUCUCUCUGGUGAUGGACGAGCAGACGGCUCAGAGGUUUCCAAACAAUGUCCUCUUCACCAGCGCCUCGGGGGAACUCUGGAAAAUGGUCCGCAUCGGGGGACAACCUCUAGGAUUUGAUGAGUGUGGCAUCGUGGCUCAAAUAUCAGAACCUCUGGCAACCGCAGACAUUCCAGCUUACUACAUUAGCACCUUCAAGUUUGACCACGCCCUGGUUCCUGAAGAAAACAUCCAAAGUGUUAUCAAAGCUCUGCGGACCGAGAGCGCAGCACAGUGAGGGGAACCGUCUCGUCUUCGGUCAUUUUGUUCAAAAAGUGCCAAGAGGUGGUUGCUGUGGAUCAGCUCUGAAAGGAAGGAGGGGAGAGUUUAAAGUGUUGCAGGGAUGCCUUUUGUUACUCACCACCAACCAUUUCUUUCCUGCUGCCUCAAGUUUACUAAACCCAAAAUGUUCCUUUACCUCUAAAGCUGCUUCUUCCCACCCCCAACAACAUCUACUGUAGGCGUUACGUAAUUCCCCUCCAGGAAGUGUGACGAAUGUACUCAAAAUGUAAAGGUAUAUAUUUAUCGAGCUCUCUCGCCCCACAGGUCAUUCUCGCAGUGCCAAGAUGUUCGAAUGCCUAACCUGAUGCCUUUGUCAGAUUAUUAUACGUGUGUGCAAUUGAAGGAGACGACUUUACAGACAGGUUGAAAUGUUCUAGAGCGUCGUUCACGCUGUGAGCAGCCCGGCUGUCGGCUUCCUUCGGCAUUGAUAACCGACUUUACACCUCAGGUGUUUGAUCCGGUGGAUUACGCUGUGCUGCUUUUAAAAAGGAACUUGAUUUAUUUAGCUGUAGUUUGGACUGAACACUCCAAUCAGGUUUCUGUGCAUUCAAUCAAAUUGCUUAACGCACAAACCUAAGUGCUGUAGAAAAAUCUAAAUUCAGCUUUUCGAGGUUUUAGAUCAAAUAUUUAGUUAAACUAAUCAGUCUGUAUUUUACACCGCAGGAAUAAUGUUAAAGGUUAGUGGAGACCCUCUGUAGGUGGCUUCUGUUGAGUGAAAUGUCCCCGUCCUACAGGACUGAUGGGCUAACGGCUAGGCCACCGACUAUAGUAUGACUCUGCCAUUUUAAAGCGUUAUUUUAUUCAUCUUCUUGUGUUUCUUUACGUAAAUAUCAGAGCUGUUUGUACAGCACUUUGCUGUGCAUCUGAAGGUCGGGUACGACUGGAAUCCUCUUUGCAUAAAUAAUCGUAUGAAAGUCAGGAGACCUGAGCGGUUUCAAGAAGUUAGCAAACCCUACUCCAACUCUGAUUGCUGCCAUCUUAAAAUGGUUUUAAUCUCAAACAUCACAGCUUUAUGUAACAUUUAGAUGAUUAUUUCUGAUAUUCCAGUCAGUGCUACAUGUUGCUAAUGGUGAUAAGAUAUGGGUAUAAUUAGUUCUGAGACAGGAACACACUCUGGUCUUAACUGUGUUUGAACUAGCCGUUAGCCCAUCACACCUGAGGGAAGUUAACCAUUUCUAAGAACAGAGGCUGUUCAGCAACAGUAGGAUAAUAAAUAACUGAAUUGUUUUAAUUAACUUUAUAAAAGUAAUUUUGGAUUUUGCUUUGACGUCAGAGAUGUUUAGUUUGAAGUCGCUCCCCCCCUCACUAUACUACUGAGUCGUUUUUCCAGCUGAACAUCGACUCCUGACCGUCACGUUGCUCACAGUGUGAAGGCGCGGCAAGAAACAAUGAACAUGUUUGCAUCUACAGUUGUAAAUUACUGAGCCACUUUCUACAAUGUGCUAAACAUAAGCUACGGUUGACACGGGGAAAGGAACGUCUCCCUCCGAUUACCCGGUGUCCUUCUAGGUCUUGAAGCUGCCCCCUCUCCGGCUCCAGUCUGCACUUUAAUGCAGGUUCCACUCCCCACGCAGACCUGCUGUACUGAUGUGAAACAGAGAGGACUCUUUACACUCAUGGAACCCAGACAGAAAGCUGUUGGUCUUAUUCCACACUGAUGAUGUUUUUCUUUCUUUUUCCCACUAAACUGCAGCCCUGAUCAGUAGAAAUCAUGUAUUUAUCAGUGUUAAAACACCAGGAAGGUGACUUUCUGAUUCCAUUUCAGUGAAACAUGUUGAGAGCUUUUCAUUUGGAGCUUCUUGUGUGAAAACGAAAUAAACGAGCUGUUUUUUGA